CCGGGAGUGAGUGCGGACCCAGAGGGAAGAUCGCAGCAAGAGGUGGAAGGAAAGUCGAGAGACCAAGAGCGGGCGCGAUGGCAAAGGCUCCCCCCGAAAACGCCCCGAUGAUCGGCGCGUACGCCUUCAAGGAAGAAGAACUCCCGUUUUUUACAAAGGCGAAAUUGUUCGUCUUCAAUAAAAAUACGGGCGCCGUCCUCGGCAGGACACCGACGAGUUGGGCUAAAAUCAUCAUAUUUUACGUAAUCUUCUACACUGUGUUAGCAUGCGUAUUUUCCUUACUCAUGUUGCUGCUUCACUACACACUUGACCCUAGGAUACCAAAAUAUAAAAUGGAUUCGUCUCUUAUAGGAACAAAUCCAGGAUUGGGGUUUAGACCUGUGCCAAAUGACACGAACAGCCUUAGCACAUUGAUCUGGUACAGGGGCACUAAGGAGGCCGAUUAUAAGAUGUGGACUGAUUCCCUCGUAGACUUCUUAAAAGAAUACAAAACACCUGGAAUAGUACAAGGACAAGGUGCUCAUCUAGACACCUGUAGUUACGCCCAUCCACCAAAACCAGGAAGGGUUUGCAAAGUCGAUGUCAGGGAUCUUUAUCCCUGCAGCGAAGAAAACAAAUUUGGUUAUCAUCUGCAGAAACCAUGUGUAUUUCUUAAACUGAAUAAGAUAUACGGUUGGAAACCGGAAUUUUGGAACAGUGUAGAAGAACUUCCUGCACACAUGCCAAAAUCUUUAAAAGAUGUCAUCAAAAAGGAGACUCUCACCGACAAAGAACUGUUUAAAUCUAUUUGGAUAUCAUGUGAGGGUGAAAAUCCUGCUGAUGUUGAAAACAUUGGGGAGAUCAAAUAUCAUCCAAACCAAAGAAUACCUGGUUACUUCUUUCCAUAUGAAAAUACUGAAGGCUACCUUGCCCCUCUCGUGGCAGUCCAAUUCAAAAAUCCAAAAAAUGGCCUCCUGUUGAACAUCGAAUGCAAAGCCUGGGCCAAAAAUAUUGUACACGACAGAAAAGACAGAUUAGGAAGCGUACAUUUUGAACUAUUGCUAGAUUAAAAAAUAAAUAUAUGAAAUUUAAGAACCUGUAAUAAUUAAGUUUCAGCCUGUGAGGAUUUUCAUUAUCUAUUAAACUUGAAUAAAAUGUCACACAUGCUUACAAUAAAAAUGCAGAAGCAAUUUAUUAUAAAUCACAGAUUUUACGUGAAAUGACAAAGAUGCCUUGUAAUUGCCAUAAAUAGACCGACCAAAACUGUGCCUUAAAUUUUUACUUUUUUUCUGUAAAAAAAAUUAUUUAAAAAAAUAAAUAUUUAAAAAAUCUAUAGAAUUAAUUUAUUGUAGAUAAAUUUGACUUUAAAAGAAUGAAGAUCAGUCACAGCAUUUUGAUAAUUUAAUGCGAAGGUACAGCACUGGCCUGAUAUCUGUGUUCAUAUAAUUUUUUUAGUACUUUAAACAUUUUUUUAAAUGUUAUUUUGUUGUGCUCUGUUAAGUUACUUAUAGAAUAUGUAAAGUGCAAGUCAAAUAGGAUGUGUAGAACGUCCAUCAUUUCGUCCUUAGAUGUAGCUAUUUUUUUUUUGUUUUUGUUGUUUACUCCAAGUAUUAAAACUGUAAGUAAAAACAAAACUUAUAUAAAAAACAAAUAUAUAGUGAAAGUAAUUUAUAAAUAUAAUGCAUUUUGAAACAUAACCAAAUAUCUGUUUUUCUUUCUUUCUUUCUUUUUUUUUAGAAGUUCAACUUUGUUUUUAUAUUUGUUUACUUUUGUUAAAAUAGACCAACACAGAUAAAUAAAUUGUCCAGUUCAAAAUUAGCUUGAACAAAAAUUGUAUUAUUGGCUGAAUUGUUACUUAAUGUAUGUGUAUUUUUUUGUUUUUUUUAGUAAACCAGACUAAUAAGUGAAGCUAUUUUGUACAUAAAAAGAAAAACUGCAUUUUUUA